AUGACUAAAAUCUCAAUUAUGCAAUACUACGUGAAAACAGUAGAGAAGAGAGAUAAUGAAUGUGGUUAUUUGGCUCCAGAAUAUGCUUCCAAUGUAUUCUCAACAAAAUCUGACGUAUUUAGUUUUGGCACAUUGAUGCUUGAAAUCGUAAGUGGAAAGAAAAGUAGAGGCCUGUACGAUGAAGAUAGCAUUCUUAACCUCACUGGAUUGGCAUGGACUUUGAUGAAAGAAGGCAACCCAUUUAUGUUUAUUAAUAAGUGCUUGUUAAGAGAUCCAAACGACAACAUGGAAGAAGCAUUGCGUUGCAUCUACAUUGGUCUCUUGUGUGUGCAACAAAAACCUAUUGAUAGGCCUAAUAUGUCUUCUGUUAUUCUAAUGUUGAGCGGUGAGAAAGUGUUACCUCAACCCAAACCACCAGCCUAUUUCACCAACACAGAUUUCUGGGAGGGAUACCAUUCCCUCUUUUCUAAGACACCAUCAUGCAAUACAAGCAUAACAGCUGUCGAAGCGCGAUGA